AUGAUUGAAGUAUUUGAUUCCAAUUCAACUAGUCCUAUUCGAGAUCCUUCUCUAUAUAGAGGUGUGGCUAAGACGGCAAGAGUUCAAAUAGUCAUUGCUACGAUUUUAGGGUUAUCGGCGUUCUUAUUAUUUUCAAUUUUGAGGAAAAAGUAUCCAAAGAUUUAUGUUGCUAACUUCAAUCAAGUUAAUCACAACUAUUUACACAGUCAUUCUCGACAGAAUUUACCUAAACUUCCUUUAUCUUUGUUUGGAUGGAUUCCUGUUGUAUAUAAGGUCAAUGAAGAUCAAGUAUUGGAACACGCAGGUUUAGAUGCGGUGGUGUUCUUGGGUUUUUUUAAAAUGUGUAUAAAGAUUUUAACUACUUGUGUUAUUUUGGCUUAUACCAUAUUAUCACCCAUAAGAUAUAAACUUACAGGGAAGCUAGAUCAAGACGACCCCCCAGAUAAACAUGAAGAUAAAGCAAGGUAUGAUAAUAAUCAACAUUUAUUAUAUCUUUAUGUUGUAUUUACUUAUAUAUUCACAGGUGUUGUUAUACAUUUCCUUUUCAAACAAACCAAAAAGAUUAUAGACAUCAGACAAGCAUAUUUGGGGAAACAAAAUAGUAUAACUGAUCGUACCAUCAAAUUAUCGGGGAUACCACCAUAUUUAAGAGAUGAAAUUGACCUCAAACGUCAUAUUGAGAGUUUGAAUUUGGGAGAAAUUGAAAGAAUAGUUAUUGUCCGAGAAUGGAAUGAUUUGAAUAAAUUGUUUAAGUUAAGGAAACGAUGUUUAUUGAAAGCAGAGAAUUAUUGGGUAAGAUAUUUCGAAAUUAAUGAUAUAAAGAAUAAAAACGAUAUGUUAUCUACCAAUUUACAUCCUAAUUUACGUGAACUGAUUAAUAUGAAUCCUAGUUUCGUUGAUGAAGUGGAUGAUGAAACUGUCAGUGAAGAAGAAUAUAUUAAUAAUGAAGGUGAAAGGCUCAUGAGACAUUCAAGUAUUAUUAAUCAAAUUGCUGAUCAUAUAGAUGAGAUUGAUGAUUCUAUCAAUAACUUGCCCCUUCUCAAUGAUGAAACUCAUAGAAGACCAAAGAUAUGGAAAAAAUGGUACAAUACCUUCAGUCCCAAAAUCGAUGCUAUUAACUAUUAUACUGAACAAUUGGAUAUAAUUGAUAAAGAGAUUAAAAAGGCUAGAAUCAGAGAAUAUCCUGCAACUUCUUCAGCCUUCAUAACCAUGAAGACCGUAGCUGAAGCGCAAUUGAUUGCACAAGCAGUAUUGGAUCCUAAAAUAAAUCAUCUUACUACCACAUUAGCCCCAGCACCUCAUGAUGUGAGAUGGGAUAAUUUAUGUUUGACUAGAAGAGAAAGAAAUUACAGAAUCGGUACUGUUACAUUCUUCAUUGGGUUAAUGAGUGUUUUGUUAGUGAUUCCUGUUAGUUAUUUAGCCAGAUUCUUGAACACUAAAACCAUCAGUCAAAUAGCUCCUAAAUUAGGAGAUUUCUUGAAGAAGAAUGAAUGGGCAGAAACUUUAGUAACAGGGGUUUUACCUCCAUAUAUUUUCACCUUAUUGAACAUUAUAAUGCCAUAUUUUUAUAUCUGGAUAACGUCCAAGCAAGGUUAUACUUCACAUAGUGACGAAGAACUUUCAACAGUUUCAAAGAACUUCUUUUAUACUUUUGUGAAUUUAUUCUUGGUUUUCACUUUGGUUGGUACAGCUUCAUUGACUGACACUAUUAAAAUCGCAUACCAGUUAGCUCAAUCUUUAAGAGAUUUAUCAUUAUUUUAUGUCGAUUUGAUCAUAUUACAAGCUAUUGGGAUCUUUCCUUAUAAGCUUUUAUUACUUGGGAACUUACUUAAAUUCACUUUUGGUUCAUUAUUAUGGUGUAAAACUCCCAGAGAUUAUAUAAAGCUUUAUAAACCUCCAGUGUUCAAUUUUGGUUUACAAUUACCUCAACCAAUGUUGAUAUUUAUCAUUGUCAUUAUUUAUUCUGUGAUAUCUACCAAAAUCUUAACUGCUGGAUUGAUCUACUUUAUCAUUGGAUAUUUUGUGUUCAAGUAUCAAUUGUUAUAUGCAUGUGUUCAUCCCCCUCAUUCCACAGGUAAAGUUUGGCCCUUGAUCUUCCAUAGAAUAUCUGUUGGAGUAUUCAUCUUACACAUAAUGAUGGCAGCUACCUUAUCGUUACAAAAAGCUUACUACUCAGUAAUAGCUUUAACACCUUUACCUUGUAUUGUGAUAUACUGUCUUUACCUUUUUGAGAAACAUUAUAUCCCAUUAUCAUAUUUUAUAGCCUUAAAAUCCAUUGAAACCGAUGGUGGAGCUUUCCACGAUGAUGAAUCGUUUAUUGAAAGUACUCCGGAUAACACCAGAAAUGAUACUUUCAAAACAUUAGAUGAAAGAAGAGAAAUUGAUCAAACUUAUGACUAUCCUUAUUUGAUAGAGAGUUUAGAUGGCCCAUUGAUAGCUGUCGAUAAUAAUGAAGUUUUGCUUGUCAAUAAUGAUGGAAUGACAGUAAGAAAGUUAAAAACAUCCGUUGGAGAUUUUUAUUAG